AUGAAUAGUUCAGUGUCAAGAUACGAAAAAGCGUUUCGUUCAAACCCCAGAUACGUAUUAGCUCAAAAUGCAUGUCAGAAGCAUGAUCCGUUAGAAGUUUCAGUAUUGAGGGAACGACUUCAAAAUGGGGCCUAUGACAAUAGUUUUUCGCACAAGAUCAAAGACAUUGGUAUACCAGUGACCAACCAACGAAAUUCUGGUCGCUGCUGGAUAUUCGCUUGUUUGAACGCAAUAAGAAUACCGUUCAUGAAGCAUUAUAAGAUCAAAGAAUUCGAAUUCAGCCAGUCACACAUAUUUUUUUGGGAUAAAAUCGAAAGAAGCAAUCAUUUUUUGAACACUAUCGUUUUGACCGCUAAACGUGGAGACAGCUUGGACUCAAGAUUAGUAAUGUCACUUUUAAAUGAUCCGGUCGGAGAUGGUGGGCAUUGGAACAUGGUAGCAAAUAUCAUAAUAAAAUAUGGUUUAAUGCCGCAGAGCAAUUUUCCUGAAAGUUUUAAUAGCAAAAAAAGCGAUGAAUUAAAUGAUAUAUUAAACAGUAAGCUUCGAGAAUUCGCGUCAAUUCUACACACAAUGGUCAGCGAUAAAGCAAACGAUGAUGAUAUCCAAAUCCAAAUAAAUCAAAACAUGUGCACUGUGUAUCGUAUAGUCGGAAUAUGUCUAGGAAUACCUUCUGAACAAUUCGCAUGGUCCUUCUAUGACUAUUAUCAUAAACCUCAUGUGUUCGGACCGAUGACUUCAUUACAGUUUUACGAGGAAUUAGUCCGACCAGUGUACAAUGUAGCAGAUAAAGUAUGUUUGAUAUCAGAUCCUCGGACGGGAAGUGCGUUCGGUAAACUGUACACGGUGGACUUGUUAAACAAUAUGGUUGGGGGUGCUCAAGUCUUGUUCAACAACCAACCGAUUGAAGUAUUGUUGCAAGCUUGUCAGGAUUCCAUCAUAAAACGUGUCGAACCUGUUUGGUUUGGAUGUCAGAUAGAACAACGGUUUUCUAAAAAACUAGGACAAGCCGAUUUGGAAAUACAUGACUUUAACGUGACCUUUGGUACAGAAGUAUCGAAGUCUAUGUCCAAAGCCGAAAGAAUAACAUACCAAGAAUCAAGUGCGACGCACGCAAUGAUUUUCAUAGGAAUCAAUCUUGAAAGCGAAAGAAUAACUAAACUUUGCGUUGAAAAUUCGUGGGGUCGACAAAAAAUAUCAAAUGGGUAUUUAAUGAUGACCGCAGAAUGGUUUAAAGAGUACGUAUUCGAAUUGGUUGUUGACAAGACAUUACUACCAGAGAGCGUAUUACAAGUGUAUAACCAAGAACCUAUAGUGCUGAAACACUGGGAUCCGUUAGGAAAAUUGUUAAAACUUGCUGACUAA